AUGUCGCAGCUGUCAGGCGGUUCGCCCGGGACCAGCUCGGCACCGCCCGCGCCCGAGAAAAGCGCGAGCUCGUCCGUCUCGCCCGCCUCAGCGCCGCCGACCAAACCGCGCAGCUGUGUCGUCUGCCGGAGCCGCAAGGUCCGGUGCGACAAGCAGUCGCCGUGCUCCAACUGCCGGAGGGCCAAUAUCCCCUGCGUCGUGCCCUCCAACGACCGGCCGCCCAAAUGGGCUCGUCGGCUUGAGCGCAUCACCAACAACCCCGCCGCUGCGGCGGCGGCAAAUGCGUCGUCGUCGCCAUCGCAGCACCUGCAGCCGCACGGGGGCGAUCAGGCUGGGGUUGGGCAGGUCAUGGAGAGGCUGAGGAGUCUGGAGGGACUGGUCAAGGAGCUGAGCGGCCAGCUUGAGCAGGCCCAUUCGUCGAGUGGAAGCCCCCCUGGUGCGGCGCCGGGGGGCUCGUCGGGGGUUGGCUCACCAGAGAGCUCAGGUCAUGGAGAGGGCGCGUCGCCGCCUAUCAGCUCGGCCAGCAUGCAGAAGCACUUCGGGCGGAUGGUCUUGCAGGACACAAGCAAGUCGAGGUAUAUUAGCAGCGGAUUCUGGUCCCGGGUCAGCGAUGAGCUGGACGGCCUCAAGAUGGAUGCUGAGGGACUUGGGGGUGGAGAUUCCGACUCAUCUGAAGAUGAGGACUCCUUGGGUAAGACGCCGUCCACGGUCGAGCUGGACCGAACGCCUUCCGAACGUCACGGGUUCAUGUUCGGCCAUAACCUGAGCAAAUCUUCAUCCAGCCUUCGCACCUAUCGCCCUCUCCCAUCACAGAUACCCUUCCUGAUCAGCACCUUCUCCGAGAAUGUGAACUUGUUUGUCCAGACCGUACAUAUCCCCACCAUUAACAAGAUGAUCCGCGAUCUGCGAGGCAAGGACAUGUCGAAUCUAGGCCCGUCCUACGAGGCCUUGCUUUUUUCAAUCUACUAUGCAGCUAUCACCUCUAUGGAGGAAGAUGAUGUCCUCACAAACUUCGGCUCCACCAAAUCAGAGCUCAAUAUCAAAUACCGUCUUGGCCUGGAACACGCCCUCGCCAGAGCCGACUUCCUCAACUCCCCCGAUGUGGUUCUCGUCCAAGCCUUCACCAUCUUCCUUUUCCUCGUACGCCGCCAUGACAGUCCCCGAUUCGUCUGGAUGAUGGCCGGCCUCGUCAUCCGAAUGGCCCAGGCAAUCGGCCUGCACCGUGACGGUGCCCACUUUGACUACCUAACCCCCUAUGAGAUUGAGAUACGACGCAGGACGUGGUGGGGGCUCUGUGUUCUCGACAUGCGCGCGUCUGAGGAUCAAGGGACAGAGUUCACCAUUACCAGCGGCAGUUUUGACACCAAGCUCCCACUAAACAUCAACGACGCCGACAUUGGCAUCGACAUCACCGAUCCUCCCGUAGAGCGCCAAGGACACACCGACAUGACCUUCUCCGUCGCCACAUACGAGCUCUGCGAAGCCACACGCAACAUGAUGGCCCCCGGCGCUAACAAAACUCUCGAAGAGCAGACGAGCAUCUUAAACAACCUCUACGACCACCUGCAACACCGCCACAUCCGCUACAUAUCCCCAGACGGAAACAUAGCCUACUGGGUCGGCGUCACGGCCACCCGCCUCGUCAUCUCCAAGCUCACCCUCCUCCUCUACCUCCCCGCGCUCUUCUCCUCCCCCAGCGACAACUUCUCCGACGAGGUGCGCGACAAGCUCCUCGUCGCCGCCCUCGAGGUCGCCGAGUGGAACCACGCCCUCAACGCCGAGCAGGACGCCCGCCAGUGGCGCUGGAUCUACCAGACGUACACGCACUGGCACGCCAUCGUCUACCUCCUCCUCGAGGUGACCCGCCGCCCUCUGUCGCCCCUCGUCGAGCGGGCGUGGCUCGCCCUGCACAGCGUCUGGCUCAUCCCCGACAAGCGGCCCGGCGCGGACAAGGGGCUGAGGAUCUGGGUGCCCCUGCGGAAGCUGAUGAGCAAGGCGCGGAAGCAUCGCGAGGCGGAGCUGGCGAGGAUGCGGAGCGACCCGGGGGCGAUUGGGAGGGCGGAGAUGAGCGAUGCGCGGAUCCCGGCGCCGGCGAGCCAUGGGCCGUUUGCGGCUGAUCAGAGUGAGGAGAUGUUCAGGCAGCACUGGCGGGGGCUGUUUGGGAUGUCGGGUACGGGAGGAGGGGAGGGUCGUCAGCCUGCCCCGGCUAUUACUGUGCAAGACAGCAGCAUGUCGGUUGGCGAGCCCGUUUCUGGGUCGUAUGACAUGGUUCCGGCUGGGUUUCCCCAGAUGUCGUUUCUCCCUGGCAACGCCUCUCCGGGUAGCGUACACGGAUCGGCCAACCAAGGGCAAAUGAUGGUGGCUGACGGUGCAGCUGCGUCGUCAUACGGUGUGCCGGCUGUCACAGUUCCGGAGCUCAUGGGUCCGGGGUUCACUCCUUGGUUGUGGAACGAGACCACGGAGUCGCUGGGUGACACUUAUACUGGAUUGGAUAUGGAUAUGGAUGUUGAUAGCAACGUUGACUGGAAUAGCUGGCUCAAUUCAGCCUCAGGGAUGGAGUUGAACGUGGCGGCAGACCCGGCUCAGGGCGGCUCAUGGCCCGCACCAGGGGCAGGUGGCUCAGCAUAG